AUGGCAAUGGCGCCUCCGCCCGUGCCGAACCUGCCACUGGGCUACGUGUUCAGACCCAAGGCCCGGGAGCUCAUCCAGCACUACCUCGCCCCCAAGGCGCUGGGCGGCUACUUCACCCCGGGCUUGGUGGCGGAGGGCGUGGACGUCUUCUCCGCGGCCCCGGACGCGCUCCCCUUCAGCCGCGGCCACCGGCGGGAGAACGGCGAGGUGUGGGGCUACUUCUUCGCGGCGCACCCCGCCGGGGAGAGGGCCCCGGCGCCGGGCGGGUGCUGGAUCACGUACGGCCCCGAGAAGGCGUACCGCGGCGGGACCGGCGGGGAGGCGGUCGCCUUCAGGCGCAACCUCGCGUACUACGUCGCGUGGCGGGGCGGCGAGGGCGGCGGCGACGGGGUAUGGGCGCGGACGCCGUGGCUGAUGGCGGAGUACCGGCUCAACAAGGGCGGCGCCGCCUUCCGCUGCGCGCGGCCCGGCCCCGAGGCGAACAUGGACUGUGUGGUCCGCAAGGUCUUCAUGAAGCCGGCGGUCCCUCCGCCGCCUGCCCGCUCCAGCGACGACGAGAGCGCGGGCUCCAGCUCCAGGUACCGCAGCGCGGACGAGGAAGCCGGCUACCCCGGCGAGGAGCAGGCGAGGAAGCGCGCUCGAUGGGUCUAG